GGCUUCAUGGUUUUAAUAAUUUACAUUUUAAGCAAAGUAAACAUGGAUUUGAUAAAAGAAAUAAAUGAAAAAUAUCAAGCGCUGGAAGCUGAAAUUGAUAAAAAACUAGAAAAAGUGUAGGUAAUUGUGGCCUGCUCUGGCAUUGUUUAUAAAACUUAAUAACAAAAAAAACAGAAAGAACAAAGAUUGGAACGCCAAUACGAAAAGAUAGCUGAGAAGUCGGCACACGCGGCAACUGUUCCAAAGCAAUUGUCUUACGAGGAGGCUCUAAAGCGUAAUGCAAAUACGUUAAAGUCGCUGGAAGUGGCCAAAGCUCGACUGCGUUCCCGUACAACUUACUCGCCUGUAGAGAAGAUUCUACAGCGUGCUCUGGACAACUAUAAUAAAGAGCUGCGAGGUCUGCAACAGCAGAGCACUGAUAAAAGCCCUAAGAGCAAUGUGAGAACAGAUGAGCAAGAGCAUAUAUACGAGCUGGUUAUGGAACUUAAGCAGUAAUGGAAAAUAAUAGACUGAACCCACCAUAUUAAUUUAUUAUGAGCUCGCUUAAGGCUCAAGCUGAAUAAAUAAGUCGACAAUUGUGUAUA